AUGAGCUACGAUAACGGUUCCGUUCUUACGUCCCCGAGUGAGUUUUUCGAAGGCGUGGGUCGUAUGUUUUAUCUUAUAGACCCCAAGAAAACGAGAUUUGAACGCAUCGAGGAUGUGCCAAAUUUUUAUGUACAGUCAUGGCCAUAUUUCUUCACCUUUAUGAUAUUGGAACACAUAGUUCUGAAACUUAAGGGUAAAAGAGGUAUUCGACUGAACGACGGAAUCACGAGCUUCUCAAAUGGAAUGUUCCUCGAAGGUGGCAGAAUGGUUUGGCGCGGCGCGGAAUUCUACGCCUAUACAUGGAUUUAUGAUAACUGGAAAAUGGUAGACUUGCCCUGGGACUCUACCUCCACCUGGUGUCUAGCUGCUCUGGGAAUGGAUUUCUGUUACUACUGGAUGCACAGAGCAUGUCAUGAAAUCCACGUCCUUUGGGCUCAACAUCAAGUGCAUCACACGUCAGAAGACUUCAAUAUGGGUGUUGGUAUUCGGCAGUCGGUUCUCCAAGGAUGGUGUGGUUUUGUUUUCUACCUACCUCUGGCAUUAGCUAUACCACCGGCCCAGUUUUUGGUUCACCACCAGUUUAGUUAUUUGUACAUGUUCUGGCUUCACACGGAAGCUGUGAACCGACUGGGCCCAUUGGAAUACUUUUUAAAUACUCCGAGUCAUCAUAGAAUACACCAUGGAAGCAACCCGUAUUGUAUUGACGUCAAUUACGGCGGAGUGCUUAUUAUCUGGGAUAAGCUGUUUGGUACAUUCAGAGAGGAGAGGGACACUGAUCGGAUCGUCUAUGGCCUCAUUUAUCAACAGCCUUCGUUUAAUCCGCUUCACUUACAGACAUUUUACAAUAAGUACGUAGUAGAUAAAUACAAGGAGUACACGACCUGGAAUCAUAAAUUGCACGCAGUUUUCAAUAGGCCGAGCUGGAAACCUGAAAAAUAUCUUCGCUUCCAGGACAUGCCAGAAGACCCGGAGCUAUUCCUUCGUGUUAAAUACGACGUAGUUCUUCCGAAGUGGUGCACCAUGUACUUGCUGAGUCACUACGCACUGGUAUUACUAGGAUUCUAUCGCUUAUCUGUGCUCCACUUGACUUUGUCACCCAUCGCCGUUCUAGCCUUCGUCUUAUACCUCUUGGGUUCUCUGACAGUAUUCGGAAUGAUUCUUGAUGCCUCACCAAAAGCACCGUUCCUGGAACUCGUGCGUUGUUUAGUCCUAAUCUGUGCUACUUCACUUGUACCAUCUAUUAGAUUAAACAUGUUCUCUCAAAUGUUCUAUGUAUCUUCAGCUAUAUUUUGGUUUUUGUUUGUAUACAAAACUAUUGUCAUUAAGGUUGAAAAGAAAGUUGAAUGA